UAAGACUAGUCAAAACUAUUUAUUUUAUUGUUUCUAUUUUCUAAUUCAAAAUUCAAAAGUUAAUAUUUUAUCGAUAAAAAAUACCUAAACUAGUAAAGUAUAUCAUUUAUCAUAUUAUUAACCAAAAACGAACCAUAAGAUAAUAUUAUACACAAUUAAUUAUUAAUAAUUACUAAAAUAAUAAUUUAAUAAUUAUUGGUUUAUUUAAAAUCAAACUGUUUAAAAUUAAUUGUAAUAAAACUUAAGAUGACAUUUACUGUGUUAAUGGCUAAAAAUGUUCAAAAGUGUUUCAAGUAUAUAAUGGGUCCACAGACAAUCAGAAAUUUUUCAUCAAAACUAGCUGAAGAAGACUUAAAAGUAACUGAUGAUUGUAUAAGACGUCUUGAAGCUAUUUGUGACCAAGAUGAAUUCCUUCGUCUAAGUGUUGAGAGCGGUGGCUGUUCAGGAUAUCAAUACAAGUUUAAAUUAGAUAAAACUAUUGCAAUAGAUGACUGCAUAUUAGAAAAGCAAGGUAUUAAGAUAGUAGUGGAUACAACUUCCUUAAAUUAUAUCAAAGGAUCAACAAUUGACUAUGAACAACAGUUGAUCAGAGCUGCUUUUAAAUUAAUAAGGAAUCCAAAAGCACAGGAUGGAUGUUCUUGUGGCGCGUCAUUUUCAGUAAAAAUUGACUGAUUGUAUUUUACUUACCUGUGUUUUUAGUGUAAAUAAUAUAAUAAUUUAUAAUAUGUUAUUAAUGAAUUUUGUUAUGUGAUUGUAUAUUAAUAUUAUAGUAUUUUUGAAAUGUA